AUGCGACGACACCGGUUGGCGUCGGCGUCACCACCAUGGAUGAGCCCCUUCUUUUCCUCGUGGAAGUCGUUGGUCUUGACAUGCCUGGCGCUGUCCCAGGUAAUCACCAUCUAUCUUCUCCUGCGCAUCGCGGGCAACGGCGGCAGAGACGAACAACCGCAGCACCCUGUUUACACAGAAGGUGUCGACCCCGACUACCACGAUCGCUCUGCAGGGCCAAUUCCGCCGAGCACUCGUAAAUCUCUGCGCCGCGUGCUUUCCGUUGCGGGAAGCAGCGCUUCCUCAACAGCAGCAGCAGCAGCAGCAGCACCGAGAGCAUGCGUGCCGCGGACAAUUUCUCCAGGGGUGUGCUCAGACGAGGAGAGAGGAGUGCGGCGGCCGGAGCAGAACAAGCGCGAGACGUGCGUCUUCGAGCUGGACAAGACGGAGGUGGUGUUUGGGGUGUGGCACAGCCUGGCAACAGAGGGGAGGCUGCAGCCCCUGCUGGAGACGUGGGGAAGGCGGGCCCAGGUGGUGCUGCUGGCCUCGUCGGUCGGCGUGCGGGAGAGCAAGCUGUUUCGGGAAGGGGUGCCCGGAUCGCGGCCACACUUGCUUGAUACCGGCAUCGAGCAAGACGACUACUUCAGCACGCUGGGCAAGGCCUUCGUCGGCCUGCGCCUAAUGCUGGAUGCCUACCCUACGAAGAAGUGGUUCGUCGUCCUCGGUGAUGACAACUACGUGCUCCUGGACAACUACAUCAACGCCCUCUCGGCCUUCGACCCAGAAGAGCCGUUAGCUCUCUCGCGCAUGGUUCACAGGAACAAGUUCGGCUGCAAGGUCGCCGGGGGCGCGAGCGUCAUCACGAGCCGAGCCAUGACCCGACAGCUCUCGCCGCACCUCGAGCCGUGGUAUCAAGGCAUCGUGGAGCGCUCCGGCGGCGACGUCAACAAGGCAACCGAAGAGGACAAGUUCCACGACAUCGCCUUCCAGAAGCUGGUGGAACACCUCGGUCACAGCUGGGUGCACCUCGACGAGCUCCCCCACGAGCCGCCGGGCUACUACUUCGACCCCCGCCUGGGGGUGUCAAGAGCGGUGGGCGGCGGCGGCGGUGGCGGCGGCGGCGGCGCGAUGAUUCCCGAGCGCUCGGCCCUCUUCCACUACGUGCCGGGGAAGUACAUGCACUACCUGGACUUCGUGUCAUGGCGGGCGUGCACUUGCGGCGACAUGACCCCCGCGCAGACGGCCGAGGCUCUGUCCGAGGUCGCGAUCGGAGUGUACUCGCCGACGCGCCGAUUAUCCAAGCUCGACGAGAAGCGCAUCGAGGCGGCGUGGGGGAGGCCGGGGGGCGGCCUCCGUCAGCGCCGGAUGCUGGCCGCGAGCGGGAGGGAGCACGCCGGGGUGAGGGGCGACCUGGCCCGGCUUCGCGAGCUGUCGGAGGCGUUCCCGGACGCCGGGUGGCUGCUGCUGCUGCCGGUGGAGCACUACCUCGUGGCCGCGAACCUCGCCGCCAGGAUAAGAACUCUCGAAGCGGACAAGUCGCCGGGGAGGAGGGGGCUGCUGGUCUACGGGCCGCCCGGCAACGCCGCCGCGGCGGCCGCCGCCGCCGCCAAACGACAGAUAUUGGGGGAUAAUUUUACCGAGGAGGAGGAAAACGCCGAGGACUUGCCCGGGGAGGGUGCCCUCCUCAUCGGCAAAGACCUUGUGGAGACAACGCUGUACUUCGGAGAAAGCCUGGCCGGAGGCGUCUUCCCGGCGAGACGGCAGCCCGGAGACCGGUUUCUUGUCGAGUGGGCGCGCACUCUGUCUGCCGUUACCGUGGUCCAGGACUCCGGGUUCGUCAGGCGGUUGCCGGCCGCCCCGGCGGGUGCGGGGGCUGGUGGCCCGGAGAAGGAGGAGGAGGAGGAGGAGCACGUCGUGGGCUGUCCUGCCACGUUUCCGAUGGAGCCUGACUUGGCGGAUCUCAAGCCGGAGUUCACCAUGUCCGAGGGGGACGCGGUCAUGGCUGUGACCGGCUUUUUGUUGAGGGCGUCCGCGGAGCGAACGAGCUGCACGCCCAAGCUGGAGAUGGCGGAGAUUGAUGUGUACAAUUAACUCCUCAAGCGAGGAGUAUGUUAUGCCCCGGGGAUGUAUUUUGUGUGUGUGUGUCCCCGCCUCCCGCAGACAGUUGGAGUAUUUAAUUGCAGCGUUGUGGUUGCCGUCGUGGGUUGUGGUUUUCGUUCUUCGCUCGGAGUAUCAUUGUAUCGUCUUGUUGGUUUUGCGGGUGUUCCUGAAGGCUGUUGCAUACAUUUAGGUGUUCAUGAAAGCUGUUGUAUGGAUUGAUUAGAGGUCUACGCAACUGGUGGGAUGCCGUAACAGAUACAAGCGCCCCCGGGUGUUUGGCUGUGUUGUUACAAACGCAAGGUCUCUCAUGAUCAUAAUCACAACGUUGCGCGG